GACGUUUUUUUGCGGUACGAACUACUGAAAGGUUUAUUCUCGCUGUGUUUUCUACAGAAGACACAUUCGCCCUCUUAGUGUCAUUGAAUAAUAUUAGCAAAGCACUCAUAGUUUAACAUUUCAUUGUCGCUUUCAGCGGGGUAUUGAACUACUUGUAGUGCUUUUGUGUCGCCUUCUAUUCCGGUUGGAAUUUUUUUUUUUUAUAAAGGGCGUGUUUGGCUGAUCUGCACCGGGAGUUUCAGCUCCUGUACUUGGGACACUUGUGAGGAAUGACAGCAACCGGAAAAUCCCUGCAAUCCGCGUGAAUGGAAACAAUGGAUUAUAAGGAGCUUGGACAUCGUUUUGAGGAGAAACUAACACUGACAGACAAAUCUCUACCCUUGCAAGCUUGUGGGCCGACCAUCCACAAUGGAGACGCAAAGUUACUGAGCAGUGUGUUCCUGACGCCCGAAGAUUCGGCCAUCACAGACCUCUCCCCCAAGACUGAGUCCUGCGCCAAAACAGAAACCCCCACUGAGACAGAUGCCUCCUGCAAGACGGAGCCCAGCCAGUCUGUGCCUGGCACCAGCAGCAAGAAAGAUUCAAUGAGCUCGGAGCAGCGACAGAAGCUCGCCAAGCAGAGGAGAGAAGAAAGAGCCAGAUAUAUUGAACAGCAAACUCAGCUGCAAGCGGCAAAGAAGGCCCAGUGGUUGGAGAAGGAGGAAAAGGCCCGCCGUCUGAGAGAGAGCCAGCUGGAGGACCGCAGGAAGAAGCUGGAGGACCAGCGACUGAAGGCCGAGAAACGCAGAGCCCUGCUGGAGGAAAAACAGAAGCAGAAACUAGAGAAGAACAAGGAGCGAUACGAGGCAGCUAUCAAGAGGUCGACAAAGAAGACGUGGGCCGAGAUCCGUCAGCAGAGGUGGUCCUGGGCCGGCGGACUCAACCAGACCUCCCGCAGGGAAAGCAGAUGCUCGGCCUCCACGGUCAACUUGCCCAGACAGGUGGACCCUGUCAUUAACAACAGGCUGUCCAAGUCCUCUGCCACGCUCUGGAACUCCCCCAACAGAACCCGCAGCCUGCGUCUAAGUCCUUGGGAGAGCCGGAUCGUGGAGAGGCUCAUGACGCCCACGCUGUCCUUCCUGGCUCGCAGCCGCAGCGCCGCCACCCUGCUCAACAACAGCGACUCCUACUCUCACCACUGCUCCCGUUCAGCUUCAGCCAGCCCGCUCAACGCCUGCUCCCACCACCCGCACCAGAACGCCGCCGAGCGCUGGAGGCUGUCCUCUGCCAGCACGCCUGACAUCACCCAGCGCCAACGCCAGCGGAACUCCACACCGGUUGACAGAAAGAAGAAAGAAAAGAAAGACAAGGAGCGAGAGAACGAGCAAGAAAAGAACGCUCUCACAAAAGAGAGGGUGCAGAAGAAAAGACAGACCGCAUCACCAACCACCACCACCACGAGGAGAUCCCAGCCAGAGUCCAGCACCCCUAAGCCCAGAACAAGGCCUCCAUCUCCGGCUGCUCCCAAAAGUCGGCCCUUAUCUCCUUUGGUACCGGCGGCCAAGACGCCCACAGGCAAGAAGACACCCCCUCCCGGCUCCAAGACCCGACCCAAGCGGGCCCAGACACCCGCCAGGGUCCAACCCCAGACGGUCACGACGGUCACAGUGGAAACAGGCCAAGAACCUAAGGAGCCUCACACUGUGGAGAAAAAGAACUCCAGUAAUGUGGUGACUGCUGCACCAGCUACGUCUCCUGCCCCCAGCCCACAACUUGUAGAAGCAUCCCCUCGUUCCAUGCCAAAAGAAGAGCUCCCUAUCUCAGCUGCCUCUCCUGCAGUGAACUCCACAAGUAACCCUGCUGCCCCAAUGGCGGCGGCCGGCAGGCCAUCGGCUGGCACCAACGACCCAGAGGAGGCUGCUCGCGUCCUCGCCGAAAAGCGCAGACAAGCCAGGGAGCAGCGAGAGAGGGAGGAGCAGGAGCGGCAAGAGCAAGAGCACAAGAACAGGAUCCUCAGGGAGGAGGCAAUGGCGCGCGAAGCAGAGGAAAGGAAGCACAGAGAGGAGGAGGCUCGAUUCAUGGCCGAGCAACAGCGUCUGCGGGAUGAAGCCCAGCGAGCUCAAGAGGAGAAGGAGGCCAAGGAACGAGCCAAAGCUGAGCAGGAGGAGAACGACAGGCUGCAAAAACAGAGGGAGGAGGCAGAAGCAAAAGCACGUGAAGAGGCAGAGCAGCAGCGCAUGGAGAGGGAGAAACACUUCCAAAAAGAAGAGCAGGAGCGCCUGGAGAGAAAGAAGCGUCUUGAGGAGAUCAUGAAGAGGACUCGCAAGAGCGAUGCAGGAGAAAAGGAAGUGAAGGCCUCACAGCAGGUUAAUGGAAAGGACACAGAGCUCAGCAAAGGCGAAAACCUGCUGAGUCCCGCCGCAUCCAGCGCGUCCGGUCCUGUCUUAAACGGAGUCCAGUCGGACGAUCACCAGAAUGGCGUGUCUGCCAACGGCGAGUUUGAGCAGAUUAUGCAGCUGAACAGUGGCCCGAACCCUGCUGCACCCCAGAGUGGGCUGGUCACUGGAGGAGAGCCCUUCCUCAUGAAAACAGGACCCAUGAAACCUCAGCAUGUGGCAGAGGUCCUGUGAGUCGCCUACACACCAUCCAUGGACGCGCGCCUUAUGUCUCCGCUUGAGCAUCCACCAACACACACACAAUGACUUACUUAGAAAUUAGUGUGCCAAACAACACACCUGUGCUGAUUCAUGCAAAAUCACAUGCAAAGGACGCAGGACGGCAGGACAAGGAUGUAUUAUUUCAUCCCAUGUUUUUGGGAUGAAAUAAGUACUUUUAAAAAAUGCAUUCAGUAUUCUCAUGUCUCCAACAUGUGUUAUGGUGCAGGUUUUAUUGAAAUGUCACAUGCAGAUUUUACGGUGCACCUUAAAGAUGACUGAAUUUUUAGAAAAUACAGUAUAAGCCCCACCUUCCCCCCCCCCAAAAAAUCCUGUUUGACAGUGGUUGUUAUGAUUAUUAUUAUUAUUACCGUCGUUUCUGAUAUUGUUAAGUUGAACAAUAUGUGUUUGUCGUUUUUGUCUUGGAAUAUUGCGUUAUUUAACAUGAGGAGCAUUGCAAGGACUGACUACACAGACAGUGUAUGUAAAUGUAUAAUGAGCCUGGCUGCCUAUAGGCCUCCUGUUUGUUUGCAGGGGAUCUGUGAAAUAAAGCUUUAUGAAAGGGAAAAAAAGUGUUUUUUUAUGAAUAAAACUGCAGUAUUCUGCAUUGAGA